GAAUAAAAUACAUUUUCACAGAUAACUUGGAUCUGUCAAAAUGGUUCGAGCAUGGUAUAUGGAUUCUUCAGAAGAAGACCAAAGAUUAGAACAUCACAGAGAUCCACCUCACUUCAUUGACUUGGAUGAACUAUUUAGAACAACUGGUGUUGAAUAUUUCAAAUUGAAUCCUGAUGAUCCAGUGCAGGAUGAGAAACUGGAGAAAAUAAAACUUGACAGAAAUUACACGUAUGAAGAUCAGAUAAUAUGCUCAAAGGAAUGCCUACCAAAUUAUGAUGAAAAGCUACGCAGUUUCUUCACCGAACACCUCCAUACAGAUGAAGAAAUACGACUUGUUCUGGAAGGAUCUGGCUAUUUUGAUGUGAGGGAUGGCAAAGAUGAAUGGAUACGUAUUGAGGUUGUUCGUGGGGAUAUGAUCGUGAUUCCAUCAGGAAUAUAUCAUCGUUUCACUUUGGAUUCCAAGAACUUCAUUAAGGCUAAAAGAUUUUUCAUUGGUGAACCGGUAUGGACUCCCCAUAACAGACCAGCUGAUAAUAUGGAGUGUCGUGAGCUGUACCUGCAGAAACUAAUCAAAGGAUUUUGAGAACCGGUACAUUCAAGGUGGCUUUUACUUUUUCAAAAUGAAACAUAAUAUGUAAUGGUAAGUCUGUGUUAAGACACGUACAUAAACAUUUUGUUUUUAAUUGGGGAUUUUAUAUAUGUAAGACUGGAAGGUUGGUGCUGGACGUGUAUAAAGCAUAUAACACAGAAAUACUGCGUUGCAGAAUAUAUCUGUGAUGCUUGAGGGAAAGGAGCAAAAUGAACAAAUAACCGCACUGAACAUAAUUAGAACAUAACAUUUUGUAUGUAUAAAGCGAAGCUUUCGCGGCGACCGAAGUUGAUGAAACACCCUCGGGUAAGAAGCCACAUCAGGUGGCUGAAUGGCGAAUGAAGCAUUUCUUCCGCCGAUGUUUCGAGAGCCAUCUCUGCUCUCAUCCUCAUGGCAGCUGCGAAACGGAACUGGUCCUAUGUAGCGCGUUCGCCGAUGGGAACAACACCUAUGCCGAAGGUAUCAGAAGUAACGCACACAUUUCUGUAAAAUAAGGUUUGCUUUCGUGACGAAGUAUGGUUCCACCGAAGUGGAUAUAUUAAUACACCCCUUAUUAGUCAUAAUAUGGUGUGAUGUCUCUCGACUGAUAGCAAUUGGCCUCAUUUUAUUCAGUGAAAUAUAACAGCUGAACCUUACUAGAUAUUGAUUAUGAAUUUAAUAUUCUUUUCUUUUAAAUUGACGUACAGGACUUCUGGUUUCGGCAAGAUGUGGCCAAGACACAUCAUAAAUUCCGCAUUGCAGAUGUUGGGCGACUAAUUU